UCCCUAAACGAUCCUGUCCCUAGGCACCUAGGAUCGGGUCACGUGAGAGAUUUUUUAGACGCACGCGACUUUAUGAGUGAGCUGUGGAGUAGUGGUACCAAAGUUGUUCUGUAUUCUAUGGUGGUAUGCUGUGUUGGCUGUGUUAACGUAUUUACAUACGUGGUGAGCGAGCAGGUAAACUCGCUUCCCUGCUGCUGUCGCUUACGAGCACCUUCAAAGUUUCUGCUGUGAGUUGUGCCCGUCAAGAUCUAGCCUAUCUCUGCACCGUUGACAACAAUUAUCUGCAAGUGCUAAUUGCUGCUGGUUGCCUCAGUCCAGAAUCUGGCCUCACAAAUGCGAUGAGCCUAGCUGAAAGCAUCACUGCCAAAAUGGCACACCACGCCCCUUCAAAGGUCGUUGGUCAGGUCGACGUUGCCAUGCAGUGCAGCUUGCCUCUAGCUGACAAGUCUGUCGGCUGCUCGUUGAAACCAGGGAGCAAGUCUAGGAGCGUGCAGACUACGGAGGCUGUGGAACAGUUAAGCUCCACCUCAGCAUCGAGGCCUUGCCUUUCUCCAUCAGCUGCCAAAUGUGACAACUCAAAGCAAGGAUGCCUCCACCAAUCAUCGAGGCCUUCAAUUUCUCCAUCAACUGCCAAAUGUGACAACUCAAAGCAAGGAUGCCUUCACCGAUGUCAGCUAUGUGACUAUGAGGCUGAUGAACUACUUCUUCUGGAAGCACAUGCCAGCAUCCAUACUGGCGAGAAACCGUUUUACUGCCCUUUAUGCCCUCUGCGCUUUCCACAGAAGCAGAGACUGAAAACGCACCUGCUCACCCACACAAGCAAGACGCCAUUUCAGUGCACUUCAUGCUUUCGGAGCUUCUCGGUGAAGGCUCGCCUGAAAGAGCACCUGCGCACCCACACGGGCGAGAAGCCAUUUCAUUGCCCUUUAUGCCCUCAGACCUUUUAUCAAAAGUCCAACCUGAAAACUCACCUGCUCACCCACACAGGCGAGAAGCCAUAUCAGUGCCCUUCAUGCUCUCACAGCUUCUCACGCAAGUAUCGCCUGAAAGUCCACCUGCGCAUCCACACAGGCGAGAAGCCAUACAAGUGCCCUUCAUGCUCCCUGAGCUUCGCAGAAAAUAGCAGCCUUACGAAGCACCUGUGCACCCACACAGCUGAAAAGCCAUUUCAGUGCCCUUCAUGCUCUCGGAGUUUCUCAGUAAGAUACCAACUAAACGUUCACCUGUGCACCCACACCGGUGAGCGGCCAUUUAAAUGCCCUUCGUGCGUCCAGAGCUUCACACAGAAAGGCCACCUGAAAAGCCACCUUCUCACUCACACAGGCGAGAAGCCAUUUGAGUGCCCUUCAUGCUCCCAGACAUUCUCACGAAAUACUCACCUGAAAGAGCACCUGCAGACUCACACAAGCGAGAAGCCUUUUGACUGCCCUUCAUGCUCUCAGAGCUUCUCACGAAAGGCCUACCUGAAAGCCCACCUGCGCACCCACACAGGCGAGAAGCCAUUUCAGUGCCCUUCAUGCUCUAAAAGCUUCUCACAAAGGAGCAACCUCAGGAGACACAGGAGGCGAGAAGCCAUUUCAGUGUGCACUCUGCCUUCAGAGGUUCCCAUUGAAGAAUGUCCUGAAGAUACACCAUUGCAUUCAUGCAGGUGACCGGCACUAAACUUGCA